UUCAUUGGUUUGCUUGCUUUUUGCAAAGUAUCAGAAGUAGAAUUGUUCGUAAUUGUCACUGACUCGUGCGUACCUCAGAGGUGAAGUGUCCUAGGUAGAAAAACGGAGAAGGAAGUUUCUAGCACGACGUUGUGAAGUGUGUUUGCAGUCACAGAGUUCCGAAGCGGAAAAAAAAUUCAAACGAAAAUCCUUAGAAAGAGUCAGACCGAUUUAGACGUGACAAUUCCACCGAAAGCAAUUUCGCCAGUGUGUUUCUUCCGGAGAGCCCCACAGUGUGUGAAAGGCGCGUAUACUUUGCAAAACUAAAAACCGAAAACAAAACAAACGUUCUUAACUUGUUGUUCAACUGUGAAACACGACAAAGGGAGCAGUCGUUAAGCCGUGUGAAUUUAUUUUCUCGAAAAACAAAAUCUUUCUAACGUGAAACGAUGGCCGUUGCCGCUGCCCAGAAGAACCGCGAAAUGUUCGCCAUCAAGAAGUCGUACAGCAUUGAGAAUGGCUACCCAUCCCGUCGCCGUUCUCUGGUGGACGACGCCCGUUUUGAAACUAUCGUAGUCAAGCAAACCAAACAGACCGUUCUUGACGAGGCCCGCGUAAAGGCCAACGAUUCUAGUUUGGAAAACUCCGUUCCACAGGCCCAAGAACAGCAUCCACAAGUUGACGAACUUCCGUGCAAACCGGAAGAAACUGUAUCCAGUGAUGCACAAGAUGAAGAGAAAGACGCUGGCCUGACGGAGGAAGAAGUGGUACUGCAAAAUGCCGCAUCGGAGUCACCCGAAGCCGAGAAGGAGGUUGUCCGUGCCGCCGUUGUGGUUCGUUUGCGAGACGGCAUGGGCUCUCUGGGACGUAUCCUUAAGGCGGUCGAAACGUUCCAUGGUACCGUCGCCCAUCUGGAGUCGCGUCAGUCCCGUAGCGAGGGUGUCAUGUUCGAUGUGCUCAUCAAGGUGGACAUGGCCCGCGUUAAUCUGCUACAGUUGAUCCGUUCGCUGCGACAGACUUCUUCGUUUGGCAGUGUUUCGCUGCUGGCCGAGAACAAUGUCAGUGUGAAAGCUCCCUGGUUCCCGAAGCACGCUUCCGAGCUGGACAACUGCAACCACCUGAUGACCAAAUACGAACCGGAUCUGGACAUGAACCAUCCCGGUUUCGCUGAUCAGGUGUACCGCGCUCGCCGGAAGGAAAUCGCCGAAAUUGCAUUCAGCUACAAAUACGGAGACCCCAUCCCACACAUCGAGUACACCGAAACCGAGAACAAGACCUGGUCGGCGGUGUUCACCCGAGUCAAGGAGCUAAUGCAGAAGCACGCCUGCAGCGAGUACAUUGCCGUCUUCAGGAAGCUCGAGGACGAAAAGAUCUUCGUCCAGGAGCGCAUCCCACAGCUGCAGGAGAUGAGCGAUUUCCUGCGCAAGAGCACCGGAUUCACGCUUCGCCCGGCCGCCGGUCUGCUGACCGCUCGGGACUUCCUGGCGUCGCUGUCGUUCCGCAUCUUCCAGAGCACGCAGUACGUGCGCCACAUCAACUCGCCAUACCACACACCGGAACCCGAUUGCAUCCACGAGCUGCUGGGCCACAUGCCUCUGUUGGCCGACCCGAGCUUCGCUCAAUUCUCACAAGAAAUCGGAUUAGCCUCGCUGGGAGCAUCGGAUGAGGAAAUCGAAAAGCUUUCCACGGUGUACUGGUUCACGGUUGAGUUCGGUCUGUGCAAGGAGAAUAACGAGGUCAAGGCCUACGGUGCAGGUCUGCUGUCCGCCUACGGUGAGCUGCUGCACGCCAUCAGCGACAAGCCGGAGCACCGCCCAUUCGACCCGGCCAGCACUGCCGUCCAGCCGUACCAGGAUCAGGAGUACCAGCCGAUCUACUACGUCGCCGAGAGUUUCGAGGAUGCCAAGGAAAAAUUCAGACGCUGGGUCUCGACCAUGUCCCGCCCGUUCGAGGUACGCUUCAACCCACACACCGAACGGGUGGAGGUGCUUGAUUCCGUCGAGAAGCUCGACACCCUAAUCUCCCAGAUGAACACCGAAAUCCUGCACCUAACGAAUGCGAUCGCCAAGCUGCGACAACCGUUCUGCUAAGAUCCGUUCUAAGGUAGCUUCCGACCAGCCAGAGCGCCUUGCGGCCCUUACCGGCCGCAUACAGCCAACAUACGAACGACAAUAUUCGCAACUUUAUUUUGCACCUAAAGCACCACCUUCAUCACUAUUGGGAAAAUCUUCCACCCGGGGUCACCUUUGCAACCAGGACAUUGUUAGUAUUCAGCAAACAUCCUUCGCCUUCGCCUAGGACGCUAGGCAGAAGGCACCACAACUCGAAUAAUCUAGGCAGCUAACGUUCAUAUUUUCCGGAGAAUAUGAACGCUUCCAAACACCAGCAGGAUCCUGAAAUCUCUCGAAACACUUCCAGGCCCAACUUUGGCGUUCGAACAAAAUUUCGCGUUCUGAGUGUUAAAACUUGAGUACAGCGAAAGUCUUAAAUUCCUCCGUCUCUCCCACAGAUUUUGCAUCCCUCUUUAUCUACCUUUAUUUUGGAAGUCGAAAGUUCAGAGUCCUUAGAAUCGCCCCUGCUGCGUAUGUCCCACCACUCCGCCCUCGUUGCAACAAGAGCCCCCCUGUUGUACAUCGUUCACUGUAGAGUAGGAAUAUUGUUUUCAGGAAGCCUAUCUUUUAUUUAAAGAGCGUAACUUAAGUAUUAUUUACUAUUUAAAUUAGUGUAUACUUAAAUUAUUCCAUAUAUUUUUGAGCUAGAACAUGUUGCAGCUUCUUCUCUCAGAUCAGGCUAGUGUAGGGCACCGCGGGGGCCCUUGCCGGGUUUCUCGAUUAGUAGGAAAAAACCAUAACUUCUACGUCCGCGAAAGAGUGACUGCUUUUGUGGAGACGCGCGCGCUUUCCUACAAAAGAGGGAUUCAGGUUAGGGUUUUCUCAGUUUUUUUUUAAAUUUGCUUUGUUAUAAACCCGUCAGUAUAGGUCAGCAGAAUAUUGUACACAGCCUGCAAGUCCAAAUUCCUCGAUUAUCGUUUAUUUCACGUUUUUUUUAUAAUUGCAUCAUUUUUUUUUUAUGUGAAAAGCAUAUAUUUAUAUUUAUAACAAUGCACCUCCGCAAGCAAGUAAAAAUCAAGACGAAAGUGUAAUGUUCAUUUUGAAAAGAGAAAAUCGAUUAAAGAACCAGAUCAAACAAACUAUCCAACGCAUUGCUGUCGCACUAUUGAAUGAAUAUUACAAAGAAACAAAACAAAAAUUCGGUAGGUGUCUAUACUACUUACUACCCAUAAAAAAGCAACAUUCUACUUUAAUCUAAAAAACGUAUGUGUCUGCGAUAUUCUAUAAGAUUUUAAGAUGAGCGUUAUUUUAUCCUGACGGUUGAUUCUAGUUGAGGACAAGCUAAGCCAGCCUGCAAGCAAGCAAACAAAGUGAAUGAAGAAGAUUCGGCGAUACGAUUUAGAAACUAUAUAUUUAAAUAUACGCGCGAAUGAGUCAAAUAA